AUGUUGUUAUAUACGAAAGUGGCUCCUCCCAAGGCACCGAAGCGACGGUCGAGGGCAGGUUGUACAUUCUGUAAAGAGAAGAAGAAAAAGUGCGACGAGGUCCGACCGUCUUGCUCGCGCUGUGCCGAGCGCGGCCUUGAUUUCGCCAGCCAACUCGACCGGAGGCUCUCCUUCGCUUCAACCCACACCAAGGGCGAGCCUGACCACCUCAUCAGCCCCCUCGACGGCACUUUCGACUCCAUCUCCCUGCCCACCAUAUCCGACCUGAACUGCAGCUUCAGCCCCAGCACCAUCCCCGAGUCAGCCGUCGAGUUCGAGGAGGACGACCACGCCGAGAGCGCAAGCACGACGACGCUGAGCCGCGCCGUGACCCACGUCUCCAAGCCGCCGGACCUCGCCAUGAUCGCGCCGUGUCCCGUGGGCUCGCCGCUGCUGGACUUCUACAUCCCCGCCUUUUCCGAGUUCUCAGAUCGCACGAACCGGCGCGCGCUCGUCGCCCACUUCUGCGAGAGCCUCAGCCACCUCAUCGUCUUCCGCGAGGAGAGCGGGAACCCGUUCCGGGAGCUCGUCCUGCCCCUGACGGCCAAGAGCUCCCCGGUCAUGAACGCCAUCUACGCCCUCUCCAGCGCGCACAUGGAAUACCGCGGGGUGACGAAUCAAGAGCAGUCGAUGUAUUUCCAUGGCCAGGCCAUCCAGGGGCUUGCGGCCCUGAUCGACCAGAAGGCGAAGACGGCUGAGAAUAGGAACGAGCUGUUGGCAGCCAUUAUGCUUUUGGUGUAUUACGAAGUGCUGGUUCAAAGGGGACGGUCCAAUCUGGUAGAUGGACACCUGAAAGGCGCCAUGACGAUUAUGAAUUCAUAUCCUACAGCAACGGAUGCGACUGGGAUUUUUCUGGAACGUGCUUUCCGAUUUUACGAUGUUAUUGCAGCGCUUUCUUUUGGCACAGCGCCAUUAUCACAAGCACCAGGGAAAGGCUGCCUCCACCCAUUCCCUCCCACCGGAGCUCCAGUCAUGUCAUCGCUCAGCUCCGUCGAUACACUGCUGGGCAUGGCCACCUCGCUCUGGCCGAUAAUCCACCGCCUCUCAAAGCUCUCCUCCGACAAGACGGACCUGGAGAGCGCAUGCCGCGAGGGCCAGCCCUCGUCCAUGAUCGCCGUCCUCAAGACAGAAUUCGAGACAAACUCGCAGGCGAUCGAGCGGGCUUUAGAAUCGUGGCAGCCGUACCUACCCCCCGGUUUCAACCCGGACGACCCCCCCUCGCCGGAGACGGAGGAGCGGCGGCACGACACGGAGACGGCGGAGCGGUCGCGCCUGCACUCCAUCUUCAACAACGCCAUGGCGUACCGGCACAGCGCCUUCGUCUACCUGUACCACACCAUCUACGGGUACCCGCGCUCGCACACGUCGGUGCAGACGCACGCGCACACGGCGCUGUGGCACUGCCUGCAGACGUGCUCGCACGCGGGGCCCAUGGGGGCCUUGCUGUGGCCCCUGUUCGUGGCGUCGUGCGAGGCGGUCACGGACCAGGACCGGAACCUGGCGCGGGACGCGUUCGCGCUCGUCGAGAAGAGGCAGGGCAUGAUCAACAUCAAGUGGGCGUGGGACAUCGUCCAGGAGGUGUGGCGCCUCGCCGACGCCAUGGACAGCGAGGGCGAGGGGGCCGGUACCACCGCCAGCGCCAGCGCCAGCACCAGCGGAAGUGGAGGAGCGCAGCAGCAGCAGCAGCUGGUCGGCCUGGGGGGCUUCCCCGUGGCUGGGGCGCUCUCCACGCCGGACCUGUGGAGGAGUGUGAGCAAGCAGAUGGGUAUUAGCAUCGUGUUUGGGUGA